GGAUUACGUCGUGCCACGGAAGUAGAAUUUGCACAUGCGUAAAGACCUUCGAGAGGCUUCGCAGCUCGGUCCAAAACACCCGAGCUGCGUCCGAAUUGCCAAGUAGUAGUCGAAGUAGUAGUCGAAGUAGUAUCUAGCAUGUCCGAAUUGGCCACCGGAGCGAGUAGCAUGCUACUUCAGAUACUACUUCAGAUGCUAGACACGCCCACAUUGUAGGUUGGUCUCGGUGCAUCCUACGGACAUGCUACUGACCCAAAAUGCACCGCGGGCUUCUUCUUCGUCCUCUUAAAAGUUGUAGAAGCGCAUGUGAUGCUAGCGCCACCAGCUGCUCUGCCUAUUUAAAAGUGUCGCGAACGCCGGCUGGCCACAGCAGCGCGCACCAUGUCGGAGCAGCAGCAGCAGCAGGCGGGACCGCAGCAGUACAGAUGUAAGUUUCAUGUAACUUCACACACUGUCCUAAAAAAUGUGCGGUUGUAUCUCUUUGUCAUGUCAUGGUGUCAUAUUUGCCCAAGUAAUCAUUUUAUGAGCAAAUAUGUGGCGACAUCAUGGAGGUAAAGCUCACUUAUUCCAUCAUUAAACUGCACAGCUGCAGUACUACAGCCAGGCCCGCAGAUGAGGAGCUUCAGUUACCACUGUCUGCACGGGCGCAGUACCUACUCUCUGCCUGCGGGGGUCGUCUUUCCCCACCGCUCGUCUAGUGUGUCCGAAUUGGGCCAACGUUUUUAGUAUGUAGGAGUAGGAUCUAGCAGUAGCACGUAGCAGUAGCAUGUAGUAUCCGAGCGGGCAGUUCGGACGCAGCAACGGUAAAUUUUCUGUUUAUACAGCGAUAGUUGGUGACUACCAUCGUGUUUUAUGAUUAUGAGACGUGAGUUUAGUACCGCUUCAGAGAAAGGGAUAGAAAAUUAUGCAUGUUACAAAAGUUAAAGACGAUUUUCAUUGCUGUUUAUUAACAACUGAGUGAUGAGAGACAGCUAGUAUUGGCUAACUGUCGUCACUGAAGAUAGCAUCUUAUUUGCAGCUUCCGGUUGGGCUUUUAAAGAAAAGGUUAUAGAAACCACAUCUUAAUCCAGAACCACAACACCCAGACAUAAGUUUCAGAUAUUGUUCCCCUUGUAAAGAGAAAAACAGACAGUUAAACUCCCUUUUGUGUCAAGACCACAUAAAACCAGGUCCAGAUCCUAUACCACAAUACAUAGACUUCUCAGACCUGGCCUAAAUUACUGCAAAGAUGCUAAAAAGAUUGAUACAAAAAUUAAUUUACAAGCAGUCUAUGGUGAUAUCUCAAAAGACAAUUAAUAAUAAAUGGAUUAAAAACUGAAAUAUUUCUGCUAAUGAUGUGAAAUAACUUUAAGCAGAUAGGGCUGGGUGAUAUGGGAAAAAGUUUAUCACGGUAUGAUUUUCUUCAUAUCAGUCAAUAUCGAUAUAUAUCACGAUAUAAAAAAUGAAUUUCAACAGUGCUUAUUGGUAGCAUGUCUUUUGCAAUUCAAUAAGCCACUGCACCUGUGAGGUCUUUGUGUCUUUUUGACGUUUUGUCGUUGCGCUAGAGAAAGCAGACUGAAUGGUUGGCUGUUUUGGCUGCAGACUUGAAAAGUUCACAUCUUUGUAUACAAGUUUUAAUCAUGAUUUUACUGUUGAUGCAUUUUUCCAUUUCAAAUUCGAACCAAGGGUUGGUCCAUGAAAAUCUAGCAAUAAUUUUUUAACUCAUUGUCACUGGGAUAAAGACGUAUUGUAAUAUGGACAACAACCUGUGAUUCUCACUGUGUUCUUUAUCUGCUUCAGAUUCUUCAUUCUGCUGCAUUUUUAUUUCUGAGCCGCAGUCAUGGUUUGCAUUCCCUGCAUUGUGAUUCCUGUCCUGUUGUGGGUCUACAAGAGGUUCCUGGAGCCCAUCCUUUACCCUUUCAUUGCACCAAUUAUUAAUACUUUCUGGACCAAGAAGGCAGUCCAGGAGACUGGCACUAGUGACAAAAAAGCUGAAACGAGUAAUGGGACCUGCAAAGUAAGUUAAAAGGCAGUGAACAUUUGUCUUUAAGAACGUUUGAAUUAUCAUUAGAUUUUUUCUUUAAUCUUUUAUUUCAUCAGUACAUAAAUUUUGUGCCAUACUGGAAAACAAUACAAUCUUAUAAGUUGGGUGUUGUGGUAAUGUGCUGUAAACUUUCAUGUUUUCUCGCAUUGAUGAUGGACUGUAAGAUAAAUGCUUCAAGAUCAAGAACUAUGAUGUCUGUCACAGCAGAUCUAGUAUACUGUUGAAUUAAACACCACCUAAGCUACCUCACCUUUUUUGUAAACAACAAAAAUCAUCAUUAAUGUAAACCUUAUUCAAGAUGAGAAGAUGUCAUUUCUAACACCAUUUUAAAUGACACUUUCCUCUCUAUUUUUCAGCCUGAAAGCAAUGGUGUGGCCACUGCCAAUGGAUCAACUAUAGCAGCAGAUAAAAAGACAGACUGACACCGCUGAAUGUUUAUACUGCAUCUUAACCAGUGUAAAUAUUGCAUUAUUAUAGAUCUAAUAAAUACAAAGAUAAAUAAUAAAAAGAUGCUAUGAAUUAACUUAUACAUAUUCAUUGAUUUUAAGGGAGUCAUUUACCCUCCUUGUGUGUAUAGUGUUUAUCAAAUUUUCAUUUGUAUAACAGUAACUUCUAUUGUUGAUAACUAUUGUCUGUUAAUCAUGAGUUGAAACAUGUUAUUGUAUUUAAUUUUACAUGUUAAAUGACAUAGUUUUUUUUUUUAAGUCGGUCUUUCAGUUCAAUAAAUGAAUUCAAACUUUUAAAUAACAA